GAGCGAAUACCUGCCGUCCGAUCUCAGCGGCAUCACAUAUAAAUUCCAACUGACUGCCAGCGUAUUUGAAUUUUCCCAGCAGUCCGUUUCUUUUCACGAUAUAGACAGAGAGAGAGAGAGAGAGAGAGAGGCGUAUCGAAGAAGUCUUAAGAGAUGGCCCGUACCAAGCAAACUGCUCGUAAGUCUACUGGAGGAAAGGCUCCAAGGAAGCAGCUAGCUACCAAGGCAGCCCGUAAGUCAGCCCCCACCACCGGUGGAGUGAAGAAGCCUCACCGCUACCGCCCUGGUACUGUUGCUCUUCGUGAGAUCCGUAAGUACCAGAAGAGCACAGAGCUCCUGAUCAGGAAACUGCCAUUCCAGAGGCUUGUGCGUGAAAUUGCUCAGGACUUCAAGACUGAUCUGCGUUUCCAGAGCCAUGCUGUGCUUGCUCUCCAGGAGGCUGCUGAGGCCUAUCUUGUCGGGCUCUUUGAGGACACUAACCUCUGUGCCAUCCACGCGAAGCGUGUGACCAUCAUGCCCAAGGAUAUUCAGCUGGCUCGGAGGAUUCGUGGCGAGCGUGCAUAAACAAGGAGGAAGAUGGUUGAAGUGCCUAGUUCUUCGUAUUACGUACUAUGUUUCUAGGUAGAUGAUGGAAACUAAUAGGUUGUGAUCGGUGACAGCACAUAUGAUCUGCUGAAUGUAUUGGUUUGAACUUAGCUUUUCCUGAAUGGUUUUUGGGUCUGUAUCCUGCUGCCUUAGAUUGUUGAACAUCGUAGAUACAUUCCAUCUAAUCGUAGUAGUUGCUUUCAGUUUUC